AUGGAGCCCUGCUCGCCUAAGUUUGGCGGGGAAAGGGAUGUGCUCGACGCGCGACCUGCCACAAGUCAGGAGCAAAGGCCUCACAAGGGUGGCGACGUCGUCGACAUCUGCAACGGACGGCGCGGAUAUGCCGUUGAUCUCACCCAGACACACUGCAAAGUGCGAUUCUUGCGUCGGCAAGCCUGGAGCAAACAUUCCGAAGAUGGCGAUGGCAGCAAAGAUGUGGUGGAGUCUCCUCAGAUUCUGCCCCUGCAAUACAUCAGGCCAUGGACCCCGCAGUGGGAUGAGACCUUGUUUUCCUGCGGUACACGGGCCUCCCUCGAACCGCAUGCAGAGCCAAAAUCACGGCUCUCGCCUGCGCCCCUUCGAACAUCGGCCAAUGCUCCGAGCAAGCUGUACCGUGCACCCCUGCUGUCAGUCAAAACAAGAAAGCAGGUUUUUCGAGAAGAACGGGAAGCGGUGCGAGGCUUCCGAAGGACGGCAGAGACUGUUUGUGGCUCUAUUGCCGCAGCAUGGCGGCUGGUGUUGGACAAGAAGCGCGCCGGACGCAUCAAGUUCACGGAUCUUGUGCGUGGCGGACGCCAGAUGGGAUUUUUAGGGAAUUACCGGCAGCUUUGGCAAGAGCUGACAAUGCACAGGUCGUUCCACAGUCACUGGAUAGGACUAGGAGAUAUAGAUCCUCAGGCAGCAAAGCUUCUGCAAGAGUUCUGCGAUGUGUUUGAGCGUCGCGAGCUCACUCUGGAGGAUCUUUGGGAGAAACAUCUGAAAGGAGAGGGAGACCAGCGAUGUUCGCACAGAGAGUUCAUGACUGCCAUGGAAAACUUGGGCUUUUCAAAGAGAAAGAGCCAGGCAUUCUUUCAGUUGCUUGAUUACGGCAACCAAAACGACCUAUCCAUCGACGAGCUGGAGCUCCUGGACCUGCAGCACCGAAGUUCCAGUGAACAUCCGAUGCCGAACGUCCGAGAGCGUGGCAGGGAGCAGGAUGCGGCUGCGAAGAAGGAGGCGCUGGGGGACUUCUAUGCGUUCCUCUCCCGAAAGUUUCGCACGCUGGUGGCGGCCUGGCGUCAAGGCUUGGAUGCCGAUGCUGAUGGACGUCUAAGAUUUCCUGAGUUCUGCAAUGCCUGCAAAAGGCUAGGAUACAGGGGCAGGCUAAAGACCGUGUGGAGAGCUUUGGACACCAACAACGUUGGAUACUUGACGCUUGGUCACAUAGAUCGGGUUGCCGAGGAAGGUUUGGACGACUUCCGAUCUUUCCUCGAGGAUAACUUCCGCACGCUGGACGAUGCAUGGGAGAGAGUUUUCGACAGUGACAAGUCUGGGCGAUGUAAUGAGAGCCACUUCGUGGAUUCUUGCAAGAAGCUGAGAUAUCCCGGCAACGCGCUCCGUGUGUUCAAGUGGCUGGUUGCAGGAAGACUGGAGCACUCGGAUGUGAGUGGUGUUAGGCGAGAUUUGUACAUAGACGACUUCGACAUUUUGGGACUGCGUCGGCGUUCAGAAACCUUGAACCCCACAGCCGAACAGCGUGUCCUGGAGCGUCAAGCGAAGGAUCGGGCCGAAGCAGAGGCAAUGCUUGGCAGGUUCAAGCUUUUCUUGAACCAGAGAUUUGGGAACUUGGUGAGGGCAUGGCGGCAGAGUCUGGACUUGAAUAGAAGCGGCACCGUUCAUUUUACAGAUUUCUGCCAAGCUUGCCGCCACAUGGGCUUUCAAGGUAAUCUGAAAGCCCUGUGGCUCUCCUUGGAUUCCGCCGACAAAGGGGAAGUCUGCCUGGACGACCUGGACCCCGAUGCGGUGACCUGCCUGUUGGAUUUCACCCGCCUGCUUCGGAUCUUCUUCGACGACUUAGACUCGAGCUGGUUCGUGGUCCUGGACCCCGAGGCAUCGGGACGAUGCACGAUGGAGGAGUUUGAGCGGGCUUGCAAGGUUUUGGGCUACAUCCGCGAUGCGAAGCAACUCCAGCGGUUCCUUGACAUCUGCAACAACGGGGUCAUCACUAUUGAUGAGCUCGAGGUGCUUGGCCUUCCCAGGGGAUCCAUGGAGGAGGCACAGGCCAGGGCCAAGGUUCAGCCCAGUGAAGCCCGGGAGGAACUCGACAGGAUUCUCCAGGCCAGAUUCGGUCCGAGUGCUGCGCAGGGUUGGCGCCAAGGGCUCUGCGCCGGGCCUCUGGAGCAACAGUGGACCGAAGAAAUGAGUGUGGAGGAGUUCUGCAAUCGUUGUCGUCAACUUGGUUUCCAGGGAAAUCUUCUUGCCUUGUGGGCGCAAGUGCACGGCGCAGGUCUAGACCCCGAGCUCUUGCAGGCGCACCAGUUGAUGCUGAUGGGUCGCAAGAGAGCUGGUAUGCGCACCUCCACUGCGGAGAGGCGGAUCCGCCUGGCGGCAUCUGAUCCUGGUGCGUCAAGCCGCAGCAGCGCCGCGCAGACAUCGAGUCUGAACCUAUUUGAGAAGCCCGUUCGUGACCGGGGCGAGACACAGGUCAAGUUGCUGGGGCGCAUUUCGCUCCUUGACUUCCUACCUGCGCUGCAUAAAGAGCUGCUCCAAUUCCGGAAGAAGGCAAUGGCAAAGUUCCAUUCUGCAGAAGACCUGUGGGCAGUCCUCCUGCAGGAGUCGCUGAAAUCAGGUGACUCCCGUUUGAGGAAGGCGCCGAUGGGUGCCUCAUGGUGCCUCUUCUUCGAUCGUACGUCCCUUUCCGGCAGGUCGAAUUUGCUCAAGCUGCACGACGCGCGAUUGGGCAGCUCGGCAGUGCCUGGAAAUGGUCAGCAUUCGCGUGCAGACAGCAGUGCAGCAGUCGGAGUCAGAAGCAAACCGCACUGUCGCUGA